AUGCCACUCCCCAAAAUGAUAGCGAACUUUCACCACUCAAGAGCCGAGGCUUCUCCGGCUAGGUAUAUUGCGACACCCCUCCCAAAGCCUCAGCGAGGACACCUCCGCACUGCGCACCGACAACUACGUAAAAAGCCCCAGAGACUGAGAGUACGACUCAUAAUACCUCCUAUUGCGAAGAUAACGAAGUGUUUGGGCGAGGUGACGGGGGUCGAAACUCAACGCCAACGCGACGCAUGGGUGAGCGAAUGUCAUUCUCCCAUCAGAUUCAUUGAUUUAACCAUUUCAGGUGAUCCAUCCAGAGUGGAGAAUGGCGGACGAACACCAGAAGGUGGAUACGGACACAAUAGCGAGAGAUCGACCCGACCCUCUUUGUAUCGGAGGAGGGAUACGAUCGCGCAGUCCAACGUACCGACACCAACCACAGCGAUGGAUCUUCAAGCCUACCACGACGAGGUGAGGAAAACCCAUCGAUUCCGAAACGGUGAUGGUAAGGUGAACCCCGGCAAGUACGGAUCCACGCUGGAGUUCGACCUUGGCCUUUGCUACACAACAUUUUGCACGGGAAAGUUUUGCGAGUUUGGCUUGCUGUGUCCGUAUCGCCACCACCCUCUCACGAGGCAGGAGAUGGACUGGAUCGCAUCGCUUUGGUGCGAGAGCUUCGCUCGGUUUGCGGCUGCAAAAUGGAGCACGCCUGAGCCUGCGCAGCCUACCGUUCUAAUGGCGGCGUAUGUCGCUAAGAAUCAAGAGCAUGUUCGUGGCUUGCAUAAUUGGCGGGACCAUGAACAUUCACACGCGAAGGAUGAAUCUCUCAUGCGCCGAUCAGCUCGUUCACCGGCACCAUCAUCCAUCCAGGCUCGGCGCAUGUAUACAGCCAGGAAUAUCGCUACCUACACUCAAGGUCCCGUUCUCCCCGGUGUGGAGAACACCGUGAUCCGGCUUGUGAUCGGCAUGCCGUGGAUAGGGAUUGUCGCCAGAGUUCCUACGAUUAUGGACGACCUGCUGAACGAUACCGAAGAACGGAAGAGUGAGAGAUAUGAUCUAGGUGGUGAGCAAAUGUUAGCGCUUGAGGACUUCUAG